UCUUGCAAAGCAUUGUGGUCUCAAUCCAAGAUGGCGUCCAAUACGAUGAGGUUUGGCCAAAUCGUUCUUUCUCCUUCAGUUAUAUUCUUCCGUUCAAAAUUAUCUUUUGGCUUUGUAAAUAUAAAGCCAGUAGUUCCAGGACACGUACUAGUUUCCCCAUUGAGAGUCGUCAAAAGGUUUGCGGAGCUUACAGCAGAUGAAGUGUCCGACUUGUUUUGCAGUACCCAGAAAAUCGCUCGAGUUGUGGAAAGAGAAUUCCAAGGAACUUCACUUACCAUAUCAAUACAGGACGGACCUGAAGCAGGGCAAUCCAUUCAACAUGUACACGUACAUAUAUUACCAAGAAAACAGGGCGAUUUUCUGGAUAAUGAUGAUAUUUACCGGGAAUUAGCUGAGCAUGACAAGGACAAUGAUGAAAUUUACAAGGAAAUGAAUGAACUUGAUAUGACUGACGCAUCUAAUAAGCGGCAAACAGGACGUCGGAGCGAGGAAGAGAUGGCUGCUGAAGCGCAAACUUUGGCGAAAUAUUUCUGAAUUUUAUAUUAGUGAAGUUGCAAUUUUAUUGUAUUUAUUUAAACCUAUUGUUUAUUUUUAUAUUUAGUUCAGAGACCCAGAAAAAUUUAAUACUACUUAAAACAAAUAGAGUCGAUACACUUGGCUCUUGAAAUAGUAGACUACUAGUGAGCAACUCCUUAUUUUGAAAGUUCACUUUUUUAACUGGAGUAUUACUAACAAUCAGUCAGUGUUUUAUGUGCUAGAGAAACACAGGAAAACCAUGAAAUAUUAAGAGACAAUCAGAACCAGAACGCAAGCAAGAUAAAUGAAAAAUUUUCUCAUGUGGAUUUAUCUUGAUUGCAUUCUGGUUCAUUGAUACUGACAAAUUGUCUCUAAAUAGCCACUAUUUGCUAGUAUUUAGUUUGAUUUUAUUUCAUGGUUUUCCUGCGUUUUGCUCUAAUUGUAAAAACAAAAUUGUUUUUUACAGAUAAGUCUUAAUUAUCUAAAAGAUAGUUAGUCUAUUUAGUCACCAUUUAACGAUUACAAUAGAAGAUGGUUCAAUAUCCAAUCAUGAUAUGGAAUAAUUUAAGCACAUUAUUUUCUAAACACUACUUUAACUAAUAAGAUAUCAUUCUUGUGUGUCCAAUCCAA